AUGGCUGAACCUGAACGCCCGCAGUACUAUGAAAACACUCUUACUCCGCUCCCAAUCAAUCCGGCGACGCUUAUUGACUCUCUCCGGGAGCUUCGCGCCGCUGUUUACAAUGGAGCAGAAAUUAUUCAUGCAAACGAGCCUAUCCCCGAUAAGUGGAGUGUCGGUGGAAUGUUCAAGCAUUUUCCAGGCGUUGCCCUUGCAUUCUUACGCCUCGAUUACCAGUCCUCGGUUCUAGCCAGGGAAAAAGCUGCCUCUUUGAAUUUCCGGCAGUAUGCCCUCCAACGAAUUCCGUCAGGCUUGCCAGACAUCCCUCUGCGCCCGUCGCGACUAUCUCCAGGGGGGUCAUUUUCGCCCUUAGCUGCCGUAACUUUGCACAUUCUCUCGGCUGUGGCGGAGACCAACUGGGAAUUGGAUGCUAGGCCCAGUCUGCCGCAGGAGGAUAUCAUCUGCCUUCACGAUGCUGUAAACUUGGCGCUGAAAAACGGGCCUAUUGUGCUCCAUGACGACCGCAAAAUGGGAGGAGAUGAGAUGUUGUACGGCCGUGCAGGACUGCUAUGGGCUCUUUUGAACGUCCGCGCACAUCGAUUCAGUGAAGAGUCUGAGAAAGCACUCGCUCCGGUCUUUGCAAUGGUUCCUCAGCUGAUCUGCAGUAUCAUUGAUGCUGGUCGAGAAUGUUCAAAAUGUUAUAUUCAAGAACAUGGAGAUAAGGACGCACAUCCAUUGAUGUAUGCCUGGAUGGAAGGCUACUAUUGCUUCGGCACCGCUCACGGAAUCACUGGAAUUCUUCCCAUUCUACUCUCGUGCAGAUCUGAGGAACUAGCUGGUUACAUGCCAGAGAUUGGGGAGACCAUCACUGCUCUCUGCAAAUUUUCCGUGGCCAACAAUGGCCACCUUCCAAUGACUCUUCCCCCAUUUCCCUCCAAACGACCCUCUGAGCUCGUCCAGUUCUGCCACGGAAGCCCGGGUAUCCUCAUCCUUUUGGGAACGGCAUUGCAAAAUGAGCAGUUGACUCGGGACUACUGGCACCCCACGUGGGAUCAAGCUAUAUACCAGGCAACCUGUCGCACCUGGGAGGAGGGUAUCCUCUCCAAGGGCGGCAGCCUGUGCCAUGGCAUUUCCGGUAAUGCAUGGCCCUGGCUGAUGCUCCACAAUGCUUUUGAGUACCACUCGACACACAUCGAUGAAGCUCGGCGCGAGUACUUCCAACGUACUCUGGAAUCGAUACAGCCAGACGGAAAUCUGAGCCGGCAACUGACGCCAGACUUCUUUUUGUCGAGGGCGCUGGCAUUCAUGCUGCAUUCGUUUGAGACGCGUCCUUACAACAGCUCGCCUGCCACUUCUGAUAAGGAUUAUCGGACUCCUGAUGAUCCUUACUCGUUGUUUGAGGGACUUGCGGGUAACGUUUGUGCGUGGGCUGAGACUUGCGCGGUCAUCCAGGCGAGAUUGCGCAAGGUGGAUUUGAGCGAGGAGGGGGCUAGCGUGGAUGGUCAUGGUAUGUUUCAGAGAGCGAUGCGCUGCCAAUUGGGCUUCCCGCUGGUUGGUGGGAAUGGGGCUGGCGGUCUGCUCUAA